AGCUGUCGCGAAAACACGCUCCGCCCAUUUUGUGCAGCUAGUCAAUUGAGGGGUAAAUUCUUUAAUGUGUCUACAGCUUUAUUGUGUUUUGUGUUAGCUGUCGCUAGCAAGGAAAUUUGUGUAGUUGCUUUAUCAGUUAAGAUUUCGUUUUCUGUCUGCUAAAGACAUGUCUAAGCAGUUUACUCAGGUAGACAUACUGCGAGCUGAGCUGUUGCAAAAUCUUGAAGAUGCUGGGGGAACCGUAACCAGCUUCUUCAGUGAUAUUGUGAGUCUAGAAGUUGUAUCACGAAUAGAAGAAGUUACCCAAACGAUAGUUAGCAGUUUAUCGAGGGAAGAAGCACCGGUGUUCGUUUUCAAAAGCCGUUCUCGGUGGUCCAACGUGAGGUUUAACAAAUCAGUUGGUCUGUAUAUGCAAACUGGUGGCACAAUAUCAGCUCUGCGGAGUGACUGCCCUUCAUCUGUAAUCAAAUUUGCACUGAUUGUGAAGGCCCUGUCAACAAUUUACAAACUUAUCCAAAGUGAUUCAUAUGUAACCAAAAGGGAAAUAUUUUAUAAUGACCCCCAGUUAUUUGGAUCACAGAAGACUUUGGAUGCCAUUGUUGAUGAUGUAUCAUGCCUGCUCAAAGUUCCUCGGAGGAGCCUACAUGUGUGUGCCACUACUAAAGGAUUAAUCUCUGGCGAUCUGUGUUACACGGAGGAGGAUGGGACAAGGGUGGAUUGUAGUUCAACUGCAGUGCCUGUGUCCCCUUGUGUCAGUGGGAUCAUGAAUAUUGUGUCCUCUGCAAAAUUUGUUCUAGUCAUUGAAAAAGAUGCAACUUUCCAGACACUUUUGGAUGAUGCAUUUUGCACCCAAUACUAUCCUUGUAUCAUCAUAACGGGAAAAGGUGUACCAGAUGUCAACAGCAGGCUAAUGGUGAAGAAACUGUGGGAUACACUGCACAUCCCUGUAUUUGCAUUGGUGGAUGCUGACCCACAUGGGAUUGAAAUCAUGUGCAUCUAUAAGUAUGGAUCAAUUUCAAUGGCAUUUGAAGCACCCACUCUGGCUGUCUCUUCCAUGCUCUGGCUGGGCCUGUUGCCUUCAGACAUUGAGAGCCUUAGAGUGCCACAGGAUGUUUUAAUAUCAUUAACAGUGGCAGAUGAAAGAAAACUCAACCAUAUGAAGAAAAGACCAUACAUCUCUUGCCAUCCUGCAUGGGAGAGGGAGGCAUGUAUGAAUUAUUUUCAAAUUGCAAACGAGAAGCAGGCACAUGAUAAUUUGCAUUGGGCUGGGCCUUAAGUUGAAUUACUGGAUGCCCUACACCUAUGGAGCUUAUGCUGCGAUGGAAGCAGAAAGCUGAGAUCCAAUCCCUUGUCUCUAUUGCUCCUCAUUUCCUCACUAAGGUGUACCUACACAAUAAAUUGUCUUAUGGGGGCUGGAUAUGAGUCCACACAGCUGCACAUUCCUACAGUCCUGUGAUAAUUAUCUUUCUUAAUUCAUAUUUUUUGCUGUAUCCUCCUAGAUUACUAAAAAUAAGAAUAGUGCUUGGAGAUGUGUUGCGAUUAGCCAGGAUUCUGAUUUGAUCUUGUAUUGUUUGGUAUGCUCUUUUUGACUAACUGUUCUCUGAAUGCAAGAGCAUGAUUUGGUAAGAAUUUAUAUGCAUCUCUAACACCAAGGCCAGAGGUGACAUAAUGUCAGACUAGGCCUGUUAAUCUCUCCCCCUCUCUGUUGCUCUGUACAUAAGUUGGACUUUCCAUGUUAAGAGUGAACUGGUAAAAAUAUUCAUAAAUGUCAAUCACAUGAAUAAAUGUCCAGAAUCAGAACAUAAUUCCUGUCUCCUGUGUACUGUACAUCUCUGACCAAUUCCUAACAAGUGCCAUUGUCUUUAUUUCUUAUACAUUCAAGAGUGCUAGAUCCUGAUACAUCUAUAUACUUUCUUGAUAGAACUCAAUAGUUGAUCAAAGAACAAAAAUCAAAAACCGGUUUGGAUCCUGCUUGGUUGGAAUGUAAGCUGGUCCUUUAUUGAUCAACACUGCUGUAAAAUAAUAUAUAAAUCUCAGCUGUAGUAAACAAUUUAAAGCAAACUCAAAAUGGAACCCAUCCUCAUCUGA